UUAUUAUUUACAGGUCGUGUUCGAUCUGCAAAGUCUCGGAUGAAGUCCCCGAGAAUUUCUGUCAAUUCACUGUCUCUGGGUAUCAACCAACUCUCUGUUAGCCGACCAAGGACAGCUCAGUUUGAAGCCAUGGUAACACCAAGAUCCUCCAAGGAAAGAGAAAAACCUAUCAGACUUCCUGUCUGUCGCCCAAAGUCCGGCUUACUAAGCAGCAGAACUAAUAGUAAGAACCCCUGCAAGGCAAUAGAACAAAUAGACUGCGAGGAGGAAAUCAUUCUUCCAGAAUGUUCCAACAGUCGUCCUGUCACUGCGCCUGUUCCAGCAACCAAUGGCUGGACCCGGAUGUUUAUGUCAACAACACAGAGAGACGAAUUUGAGGUACCCAAUCUCGAGGACCUACGAUUGGAGAUACCAGAUGACGUCAGCAGAGCUUGGGAGGACAUAGCCGAAGAGAACGAAGAAAUAAGAAUAAUUUUGAUCGGAAAGAGAAAUUCUGGGAAAACAGCCACAGCUAACACUAUCCUUGGGAAGUCUGCGUUUAAUAACACCUCGAAUUCACAUAUUCAGAAAUGUCGUUAUGGAACUUGUGUGCGUUUUGAUAGACGAUUGGUUGUCGUUGAUACACCAGAUAUCUGUAAUCUCGAUAAUGAAGAGGAACUACUGAAAGCAAUUGCUCUCUCAUCCCCAGGUCCUCACGUGUUUAUUUUUGUGCUGGGGAUUGGAAUCAUUAAUAAUGAUGAUGAACAUACAUACUUGAAAAUGAUUCAAACAUUUGGCAAAGAAGUUCCACAUCACCUUAUUAUUUUAUUUACAAGGAAGGAUGAUUUGAUAUACGAAGGGGUUACAAUAUUUGGAUACGUCAAUGAGGUUCCAGAGAAAAUUCAAGAAGCACUGACAGCUUGUAAUCGAAGGUACAUUGCUUUUGAUAACAACUGCACAGGAAGAGAGUCUGAGGUACAAGUUCGCAAACUCCUCGACAUGAUUGAUAACAUUCUGAUUUUAAACCGAAAUCACUUUUCCAACCACGUUUUUGUUCAAGUAGAAAAACAGCUUGAGAAAAGGUCCCAUAUCAUUCGGGAAAAGUUUGAAGAGAGGUAUAAAGAGAAUGUUAGAAACAUGGAAAAUGAUUUUGCAAAGACAAAUGCGAAUAAUGUAAACGACAAAAACGUGGAUGAACACAGUUUACUGACAUUUCAUCAAAUGGACUCGGUUUAUUUUGCUGAACGCAGAAUGUCGUUUAGUAGCAUGGAAACUUCUAAAGUACCACAAAAACGUCCUCAUUCCUCAAGGAAUCGAAAGUAUCAGCAAGUGAAAAGAAAGUACAAACCUUCAUUAUACCGCAAGAAAACUGCUCGAACACCCUCACUGUCUCCAAUAGAGUCCAUUGAUUGCGAUUCAGAGAGUGAACUUAUAGAUUGUGGAAAAGUUAAUAUUCCCAUUUCCCAGUAUGAAAUCAAAUUGAAAGAACUUAAAGAAGAUUUUGAAAGAGAAACAGAAAGAAUCCAACUUCGUGAGAAAAUUCGAAUGGAACUGGAACACGAUGUAGAUGAAGUUUACAAGCUUCUUCGAAGAAUAGUUGUCAAGUUAUAAUCUGGUUUAUUAAAAUAAAUCACAAUAUAAUAAUGUUGGGGUAGUUAACUUACGAAAGCCUGUUGGGAACAAAUAAAUGGUGUAAUAAAGCCUUGUUUAAUAAAGUAACAACGCAAAAAAUGUUAUUACGUGAAAAUAAAGGCGUUCAAACGCCGUCGCCAGAAAGGGAAAAUGCAUAUAUA